AUGAGCAGUGUGGUCCAGAACCCCUACAUCGGCCGAACUCCAACCGCUCGGAUGCCCAAACCUGGGGGAGGCGGAGGGGUGCCACACGGGACUCGAGACACCGCCAGCAUAUGUCGAAGCAGUAGCGUCAGCAGCGGAUGUAGCAGCGGAGGCAAGAUACUGUCCCUGUCCUCCAUGAACGAGAGUGUCCGCAGCGGCCUGGGCUGCUUCCUGUCUGAGCAAGCGCUGGAGCAGGAAGAGAGGCAGCAGCGCAGCAGCCAGUUAGCAGAGUUCCAGCGCCUCAGAGAGGUGCGCGCAGCUGCUCAGCACAAAAACCUGGAGGAUUUCCUUAGAAUGAACCACGUUUCACUCAAGGAGACCAUGUCUUAUGCCACUGGUAUGAUUUACAGAAAUCUGGGUAAAUCUGGGCUGAGGGUUUCCUGUCUUGGAUUAGGCACAUGGGUUACCUUUGGAGGCCAGAUAACAGAAGAGGUUGCAGAGGAGCUGGUGACUUUGGCGUAUGAGAACGGCAUCAAUCUGUUCGACACGGCUGAAGUGUAUCACGCCGGAAAGGCUGAAGUUGUUUUGGGAAAUAUCAUAAAGAAGAAAGGAUGGAGGCGUUCCAGUUUAGUCAUCACCACCAAAAUCUUCUGGGGAGGAAAGGCAGAAAUGGAAAGAGGAUUGUCUAGAAAACACAUCAUUGAAGGUCUAAGAGCAUCACUAGACAGACUUCAGCUGGAGUAUGUGGACGUGGUUUUUGCUAAUCGACCUGAUCCUAACACACCUAUAGAAGAGACGGUGAGGGCAAUGACUCAUGUGAUCAAUCAGGGGAUGGCUAUGUACUGGGGGACAUCACGGUGGAGCUCCAUGGAGAUCAUGGAGGCGUACUCAGUGGCACGACAGUUCAACCAGAUCCCACCCAUCUGUGAACAGGCAGAGUACCACAUGUUCCAGAGGGAGAAGGUGGAAGUGCAACUCCCUCAACUGUACCACAAGAUAGGUGUUGGAGCUCUGACAUGGUCUCCACUGGCCUGUGGGAUCAUCUCAGGAAAGUAUGACAGAGGGAUCCCUCCCUGUUCACGAGCCUCGCUUAAGGGUUAUCAGUGGAUGAAGGACCAGAUCCUGAGUGAGGAGGGUCACCGUCAGCAGAUGAAGCUUAAAGAGCUGCUGGCAGUUGCUGAGCAGCUGGGCUGUACUCUGCCCCAACUGGCUAUCGCCUGGUGUCUGAAGAAUGAAGGUGUGAACUCUGUCCUGCUGGGAGCUUCAAGAAUUGAGCAGCUUAUGGAAAAUAUCAGAGCAAUACAGGUUCUUCCAAAGUUAUCACUGUCCAUUUUGGCUGAGGUUGAAAGCAUCUUGGGAAACAAGCCCUACAAUAAAAAAGACCCCAGAUCCUAG